AUACUGUUUGAAAGAGACAAUGCUAUUUCAGUUUAGAGCACAAACAUAUGAUCAGCACAUGGAAAUGUGGUAAUUUGUAUGCAUUCAUGAUUGCAACAGAUUGAAGAAAUUACACCAGACAAAGAGCUGUUUUGGAGGAGGAGGAGGAAGAGGAGGAGGCAGAAAGAGGGAGGAAGUGGGAGGUGAGAAAAGGGACGCCUCCAAAAAAAAAGGGGGGGGGAGGCCUUGAUACUCCUGCUGCUGCUAAAUAUAUCCUGUAGUAAUGGAGAGAGACCGGAUCACAGCCUUGAAGAGAUCUUUUGAGGUCGAGGAAGUCGAGACACCCAACUCUACACCACCACGGCGGAUCCAGACACCCCUUCUCCGCACCACCAUUGCCAGCUCCACACAAAAAUUUCAGGACCUUGGUGUGAAGAACUCUGAGUCAGCUGCCCGCCAUGUGGACUCCCUGGUCCAGAAGUCUCCUAAGCCCUCUCUAAGGAGAAUUGAGCUUUCUGGACCCAAAAGUGAGCCUGUGUCACGGAGGACGGAGAUCUCUAUCGAUAUCUCCUCUAAGCAGGUAGAGAACUCUAGCAACACAGGGCCAUCCCGGUUCAGCCUCAAAAGAGCUGAGAUCUUUGGGCACAAAACCCCAGAACCAUCUCCCAGAAGAACCGAGAUUACAGUAGUCAAACCCCAGGAGUCCUCCCUUCGGAGGAUGGAUGUUCCAGUGUCGAAGAUCCCUGAGCUGCCUCAGCGACGACCAGAUGCAUUUGCUGUGCCUCUAUCUGAGUCCGUCCCAAAACGGGUUGAAAUCCAGAUCACCAAGACAGCUGAUGCGUCACCCCCACCUAUUCGACCUGUGGAAAAUUUGGAACAUGCUCCACCUUCUCCUCAGCAGAAAAAGUUGGAACUCAAGUCCCAGCUCAUAGUGGCUGAGGUUCCACCAAAAAGUCUCGAGGCCUCGGAGGCAAUUCCUAGCCAUACCAGCAUUAUGGCAGACAACUCCAGAGAUGCUGGGCUAAAGCAAUCCAUACCCCUGAGGAAUGAGAAGGCCACGCUUGACUUUGGCUAUGUGGGAAUUGAUGCCAUCCUUGAGCAGAUGAGGCGGAAAGCCAUGAAGCAGGGUUUUGAAUUCAACAUCAUGGUAGUUGGUCAGAGUGGCUUAGGGAAAUCCACAUUAAUCAACACUCUGUUCAAAUCCAAAGUCAGUCGGAAAUCAGUCCAACCAGUUUCAGAGGAACGGAUUCCCAAAACCAUUGAGAUCAAAUCCAUCACUCAUGAAAUCGAGGAAAAGGGUGUCCGGAUGAAACUGACUGUGAUUGACACACCAGGUUUUGGGGAUCACAUUAACAAUGAGAACUGCUGGCAACCUAUUAUGCAGUUCAUCAAUGAUCAGUAUGAGAAAUACCUGCAGGAGGAAAUUAACAUCAACCGAAAGAAGAGGAUCCCAGAUACCCGGGUGCACUGUUGCAUCUAUUUCAUUCCUGCCACUGGCCAUUCUCUCCGACCACUGGAUAUUGAGUUCAUGAGACGGCUGAGCAAAGUAGUCAACAUCGUCCCAGUCAUCGCAAAAGCUGACACUCUGACACUGGAAGAAAGAGACUACUUCAAACAAAGGAUCACUGCUGACUUGCUGUCCAAUGGUAUUGAUGUAUAUCCCCAGAAAGAAUUUGAUGAAGACCCAGAAGACAGACUCGUCAAUGAGAAAUUUAGAGAAAUGAUUCCAUUUGCUGUUGUGGGCAGUGACCAUGAAUACCAAGUGAAUGGGAAAAGGAUCCUUGGGAGGAAGACUAAAUGGGGCACCAUUGAAGUUGAAAAUACUACACACUGUGAGUUUGCCUAUCUGCGGGAUCUCCUUAUCAGGACACACAUGCAGAACAUUAAGGACAUUACCAGCAGUAUUCACUUUGAAGCCUAUCGAGUAAAACGUCUGAAUGAGGACAGCAGCAAUAUGCUUUCCAAUGGUGUAGAGGAGGAAGUGGCACCCCAGGAGAUGUAGAAGCCUUCCCCUGCCCCUAAGAUCCAUCCCUUCCACCCAUUCUCAUCCCCUAGUCCACCACCCUUCCCAUCCUGUUUUAUUUUAUAUAAUUUCCUUCAUUUUUGUCAUCAUCCCUUUUACAUGCUGUCAUUGUCAUUUGACCAGUUAACAAGAUACCAUAUAUCAUUGUUGAGUGUGUUAAUCAUUAGCCCACUGGCACUGAUCAUGGAAGGGAGAGGGAGGUUAGAGAUUUGUAUUGUACGGUUCUGGGUGAGAGCAGAGUAUCUCAGUGCCAUCUGAGAUCUGAAAAACUCUGGACUCUAGGAGAGUGGACAUUGUAGACUAUCAAGCCUUUGAAAUUUGAUUCUAGAAUGUCAGCCCCAUUUCCUGCUGCCUUUUUCCUUCCACCCCCCAUUUUCUUCUAUUCUCCUGCCCUCAGAGCUAUUCAGGAGACCAAUUCUGUUUACUUGUAGGAUCAGAGAAAGGAGAGAAAAUGGGGUGAGGUGAAUCAGUAGCUACAGACUAUUCUAAAUAGACAGAUUUGCUCAGUGCCAAAUAGCCUCAGGUGUUUGUGUAUAUAUGUGUGUGUAUAGAAUGUAUACACAUAUAUAGAAUGUACGCAUGUCCAUAUACCCACUUUUUACUCUUCUGUUUGCAUAAGAGCAUGGCUUCUUAGAAAGAAUGUAAGUUUUUGGAACACAGGGAUUCCAUGUCAUGAGAGGGUUGGUAGAGACCUGGGUACAUGGGCUCUUACCUCUCCAUCCUCCCUUCAUCCUUUUGCAAAUAUGAAGGGACUGAGACAAAAUAACCUUAAGAGCAAGAGCUGAUAUCCUUAUCUUUUAUCCUAAGGAGGUGACUAGUUCUAGGAAAGGAAUGUGACAAAUUUCGAAACAGUGGCAAAGCUGACUGUGCCUGUCCUGAAACAGAAAGUGCCUUUUAACUCUGCCCAUCCAAAUAAAUCAGUUGGGGGCCUCCUGUCUCUCCCAUGUAGUCCCUUGAGCUGGGGAAUUGGAAAGGAAUAGAGAUCAGGUAGUGCUCUAGUCAUGCUUUCCAUCAACUGUUAUUACUCUUGUUGGAAUGUAGAAACUGCUAAUUUGCUGGGAACUUGUUUGGAUUUAUGAUUUUCUAAAAGUAAUAAUAAUAAUAAUAAAUUCUUUCUCUCAUUUUAUCUCCUUCCUUCCCCAGGCCUUUAAAAAAAUUUUUUUGGGAAGGUUAGAGGGUGGAAAUUGUAGAUGUUUAAACAAUAUUGCUUAGUAAUAUUGAAUAAGAUUUUUACUGAGUUUAUUUCUUGUUUUUUGGCCUGUUAGGCCAAAUGCUAAUCAUGCUAAUCAUGCCUAGCUCUUUGGUUUGGCUCAGUACUUUGUCUAGUGGACCUUUCACCUUCCCACAACGCCCAAAGCGCCUGUGGCCUGCCCCACUUUUUCCCAGUCCCAGCACAUAACCACCUCAGCCUGUAUCUGUACAAUUUGAGACUGGAUAAUUUCCAGAUGCUCAUUAUCGCCUUCCACUGCAACUCUGUACUCAUCAUUUCCGAGUAGUCCCUAGCCUAGAGAGGAGAUUUAAAGAAGUAUACAGAGUUGGAGAUGGAGAAUGGUAGGGAAGAGGGAGAGACAGUUACUGUACGCCAUUUUCCCUUAAAACCAUUCCACACAAUCAGAAAGCUGCUGCAAUGACUUUCCAUUCCAAUCAACCAGAAGGAAGAAUGAUAGGAAUAGAUGUGGAGAGUCUUGUAUGUAGGGCUACAAUUCCAGAGUGGUAUAUUUGCAAAAGUUUAUUUUUUACACUGCGAAUUUUGUGUUUAAUUCAACUCCUUUCCCAUAUAGGAAAUGUAGGAGUCUUUACCAAGCUAUGUUGAAGGAAAAUUGUUCACUAUAUAUACAUAUAUGUAUAUCUAUAUACGUGUAUAUGUAUAUGUAAUAUAUACAUAUAUACACACACAAACUGACUUUCUAAUGUCUGAGUGUAGUGAAUUGGUGGGGGUGGGGGAAUGGCAAACACUUCAAUAGGAUGCACUUCUGCUCACAUCAUGUAACCGGCUUGUGUGAUUUCCAGGCAGCAUUGCAUCAGGGCAAAGCAAGAUGUUCAGCUUUUCCUUCUUUUUAUCUAAUUUUUGAAAAAAUGUCAACAUCAUGAUGAUAAAUUCCAAAAAUGACUUUUGGCAUUGUGGUAUAAUACAUCCUGACAACUUUAACUCUUUUUGUAUAAAUAAUAAAAUGUUUAAUAUGUAUUUCCUGAAAUAAAUGUUUCAAAUACAAAUGGUGAAA